AUGAAUUCAAACCAAGCAAUUGCUAUCUUGGCAGACCUUUUACAAUUUUCUUUCACUAGAUUAACUUUAGCAGAUUUAGAAAAUAAUAAUUAUACAAAUGAUUAUUCUAAUGAAAUUCUCCUUGAAUUUACAAUUUCUAGACAUCUACCUUUUAAUAUAAAAAUUGGUAAUGGUUCUUGCUUCUUGCUACCUGAAGAAUAUAAGCACUUAGUCUGUGAGAAUUCUACUGCAAAUGGAAAUUGUUUAUUCAAUUCGGCCUCUAUUGUUUUAUAUGGAGGUGAGGGCUAUUGUAUGCAGUUUAGGCUUGCUGUUAUAAUUGAACUUAUGAAAAAUACUGGAAAAUAUUUAGAAAUUGAUGCUUUUGAAACAGAUAUUACUUAUUUGGAUGAUGCAUUAAAUUCAGUUGAAUCUUUGAAAAAACAGAAUUUGAAUGAUCCUGAGUAUCCAAAAUAUUUUGCUUAUUUAUCUGAAUUAAAAAGAAUGUGCAGCAACUUCUCUUGGUGCUCAUUAAUAGCAUUGUAUGGAUUGGCCAACGUUGUUAAACAACCAGUCCAUACAAUCUACCUAAGAUUAAUUUGUGAAAUAUAUAAUUGUGAAAUUAAACCAUUCCAACCAUCAUCUGGCAAAAUUGCUGUUGUCACUGAACAGCCUUUAUUUAUUUUUUGGACAAAUACAUCAAUUCGAACAAAAGCACAAGUAAAUACAAUCUUAAUUGAAAAUAAAUUCAUUCCAAAUCAUUUUGUGCCAUAUUUUUUAAAAGAUAGAAAGAUUGAGUCAAGUGAAAAUUACUUAACUGAUACAAGUGAUGACAGUGAUUCAACAAUUAAAGAUGACAGUGGUUCAUUACCAAUUGGUUAUGAUACUGACUCAGGAGAUUGGCUGAAAGAAAUAUUAAUGGAAGUGCCUUUCAAUUUAGGACUAUAUCCAACAUGUUCAGCCUCAACAAUGGCAGCUAAAUUAGCUGAUGAUGCUUCUCCAUGGAGCUUUUGUUGA